GUCGGGUUUGAUAAAUAUAUCAAAGAAAGUUCUUGCUAAUAAUAUAUCACUCGAUAUCAUGGAAGCAUUAUGUAGAUUAAAGAUGGCUUGCAUAUAGAACGAGAAGCUGCGAGCAUCAAACUGAUUGUCUCGAACUUCCCGGCCGAAUCUAUGAGACGCUAUUCAAAAAGAGACAAAGAUGUUGUAAAGAAAGCCAAUGGCGGCGUCUAUAUACACCCUUAUAAUUCCUUGCACAGUGGAUUCCGUCCGACAGAUAUCUUAAAAAACAAGAGAUCAGUAAUAGUACUACUGGUAUUCUCGUUUUGAAGGAGCGAAUCGGCCCAGCUGAAAGAUUGAGACCCGGUCGAUUCCUAUAAGACGGGUGGCCCAAUAUAGAAGAUUCGUACAAAGAUAUUAUACCGUAUAUGAAAGAUAUGUUUGCUUGUCCGCCUAAACGCGUCCUUUCAUUGUUCUCUAUUCGAGGGCCGUUGCCACAGCACUGAAGCACCGAGAAUAUCUCCGCUGUUCGCGCUGAUACUGGAAUUCGACUCUAACUUGGACAUAAGAUUAGUCGCUACCCUUUGACGUGUAGGCGUUUACUCGGCAACACGUCCUCGCCCUUAUUUAAUAACCUUGAAGCACGUCUUUCUUCCUUCCGACUUACAUCUUCAACCCCAACACAACCACCACAACAGAACAUCCCCCUUCUUCCUUCGUUGCUUCUUCAUGCUUUAAACCUCGGGGGUUAUCAGAAGCCCCCUCGGACCUUUGAUCAAGCUCUUCCCGUUCAAAACAUCAUCUCUCGCCAUAACAACACUGCGUGAGAAUCAUGGCUCCCUCACCCCACAACACACGAGCUGUUAUCAUGAACCGAAGCAGUUCUCCUAAACUGCUCAGUGCAUAUAACACACGAUCUGCCAUCAUGAAUCAGCAGAGUGCCUCCAACCACCUCGGUGCCUAUGGCACACGAUCUGUCGCCAUCAACCGGCACAGUGCCUCUGACAAGAUCGGUGUUUCUGACAAGCUCGGUGCUUCUGUCAACCUUGAUGCUUCUGUCAACCUUGAUGCUUCUGCCAACCUUGAUGCUUCUAUCAACCUUGAUGCUUCUGCCAACCUUGGUGUUUGUGUCAACCUUGGUGCCCCUGGCUACCUUGGUGCUUCUGACUACCUUGGUGCCUCUGACUACCUCGGUGCUUCUGAUUACCUUGGUGCUUCUGACAAGCCCAGAGCCUCCAGCAAGCUCAGUGCCUAUAGCACAGGCUAUUCCACCACGGAUCUGAAGAGUGCCUCUGACAAACUCAAUGCCUAUGACAUGUCAUCCAUCACGAGGAACCAGUACAAUGUCUCCAACAAGAUCAGCACUUAUGACAUUUCAUCCGUCACAAGAAGCCAAUUCACUGAUAUCUUGCGCGUGGGACGGGAAGAGACCUCCCUGGACAAGCAGUGCCUGGACCCAGAUUGCAACGACUUCUGCCAAGGUGCCAAAGAUAAGUCUUCCAAGGCGGAGGAUGACUUCUCCCUCAACAUGGACGGCGUCCUGAAUGCCUUCAGCCCAUUCGGCCGCACCAGCUUGCCUCCUAUCCCAGAGCACACCACGCCGACCAAAACUUCCCAAGCUUCUGGUCCAAACCUCCGUGAUCUUGGGCUCACCACCAGCAACCCAUCCAUUAGUGACCCCGAUCUGCUGGUCUACCCAGGCCUUCGCAAACGUGUCGGGAGGUAUUUUGAAACCCGCAAGCCAAUCCCAGAGGGCUGGACAUGGUCCGUCGACAGCACGCUCACUGCCGCUGCUUCCUUGUACGCGCCCACCCAAAGCACCAUCAGUGUCGCAUUGACCGAUUCAUCGACCAUCGCUUCUGGCAGCGUAACGGAGCUCAGCCAAGCUGGCCCCUCUCGCCCGUCGACGCCUCAAAUGGGACCCUAUCAAAUGGGACCCUAUCAAAUGGGUCCCUAUCAAAUGAGCCCCGGCCCGCCGACGCCUCAAACGGGUCCCUAUCAAAUGGCCCUCUAUAAAAUGAGCCCCCCUCCAGAGGCCCCCCUUCAAAUGGCCCUCGUUCAAUCGCGCCCCUCUCAAAUGGGGCCCCUCACAGCUGGGCCUGGCAACCCUCUCGAUCCGAUCGCCGUAAUCGGCAAGAUGCGAGAGAUCCAGACUGAGGGCAUGCAGCCAUUCGGGCCAUCUCGUUUCCUUAGUCAUCCCCAUGGAAACCCCACCGGCAACCCCAACGGCAACUACCUGGGUACCAUGAGUGCCGCCUCGAACCAGAUGACCAACCUGCCUGACCAUCUGAACACAUGCAUCUGGGUCGAAGGUGCGCCUGCCGACUUGACCUACUACGAGAUGCUGAGGAGCAUCCGCCACUGCGGAAAGGUGUACUCCGUGCACAUCAACCCUCCCAGGGAGAAGCACUUCACUGCCGCCGCCAAGAUCGCUUUCUGCACACGCCUCGGGGCUGAGAACUUCUUUCACCAGGCCCACUCGGGGUAUGGCAUCGUCAUCCGUGGCCGCCGCCUCUGUGUCCGCUGGAACAGGAAUAAGUACCGUGAGAACUUCAACCGCGCCGAGUCUCGCGUUCUGAGAAUCUCCGGACCCUCCGCGUAUAUCAACUACCCGGUUCUAGGAGAGUACUUCAGUCGUCUCUUCUACUUCAAUCUCAUCUGGGUUCAGGAGCUGUCGCCUGGAGUCAUGAUCUGGGAGUUUUCGAGCAUCCUCGCUCAGGCUCAUUCGGCCAAGCAGGCUAUUGAGCGUGAACCUGCCAUGAUGAACCUCGUCCGUAUCAAGUAUGAGCGCGACCCUUGCGAGUGA